CUUUGUUUAUUGUCCUAUUUCAUUAUUUGACGGUAAAUAAACUUUAUAUGUUCCAUGGUACUUGAAGAAUGGCUGUAUUCAGAUAUUACUGUAAAAUUUUUUCGAAAAAUUCUAGUGAAAGUAUUUUAGACUGUUGUUUAUAUUCUACACGAACAAUCAUAAAAAAGUCUCAUAGUAGAGAAAAGCGAAUACUUGAAAAAAUGAUAAGAGGUUCUGUAUCAAAGAAGCGGCCGUGGUACGAGGCGCAGGACGUGAGGAACGCCUCUCUGCCGGUGCCCAGGCUGCCCUUCUCGGGGGCCCGCAGCUCUCGGCGCGCGGCCAUGCUCAACAAGGUGUUCAUGAGGCAGAUCACGGACCUGAUGGCGACCGGCGAGGUGGCCGGUCAGAUCGUGGGCCGAGGAAUACAGGUCUCGCGGGUGAAAGUUUCCGAGGACUUCAAGAGCCUGAGCGUGUAUUGGCUGUCGCAGAGCGCGCAGCACGACGCGGAGAUCGAGAGAAUGCUCGUGGGCUGCGCGGGCCACUUGCGUCACGAGCUGUCACAGAUGCAAGUGGUGGGGGUGGUUCCUCACAUAGAGUUCGUGAAAGACAGACAGUUCACGAAAUUGUUAGAUGUAGACCAUCUUCUAACGCAGGCAGAUUACGGAGAUGACUAUGUUCCGGUUCAUCCACACUACCAUUACAAUGCAAACUUUAUUCAGAAUGCUGAAUUUUCUCCAAGCCCUUCGACUGAUAAACCUCUACCUCCCAUGAGAAUGGAUGUUCUCGGACUAGAUCAUGCAAUUAUUUUGACUAAGAUACAAAGAGCCCUCAAGAAGGCACAGGCACCCCAUAGAAAGGAUCCUCACUUGUUGGAAGUGGAAUCGCGUGCGACGGACGCGGAUCCCGAUGUCGGUCGGUCCGGCCUUGGCAGUUCACAAACGGACAAGUUAAACUUGUCCACGUUCCUCAUCAAAAGGCAAGCAGCGAGAGAGAAGGCGUUGAGGAAAGCGAAGAGCUUCAGGCCAGAAAUGGAACUGUACGAAGCAGAGACACUCGACAGCGAGAAAUACUUGGAAAAUUUCCUAAGUCAAAUUGACGAUGUAGACUUUAUGGCUGACGAUGAUGAUGAUGAGAAACAGACGUGAUGUAUAUAAUUAAUUUUUUUACAAUUUUUUUUGAUGCAUAUAUUAAUUUGUACAGUUUUGUUUUUAUGUAAUGAAUAGCAAAGUAAAUUGUGUAUCACAAAAUAAAUGUAUAUUUAAACUA